AUGCCCUCUCUCUUACGGACGUUGUGGGCUACGAUGUCCCUCCUCAGCCUUACGGCGGCCGCCCCGUCCGUGCAGACUGCUCUAGCCAGCGGCCCGCGACCGAUCUACGCCAUCGCACACCGAGUUCUCCGAACUGAAGCCGUGACGGCGGCGAUCUCCCACGGCGCCAACGCAAUAGAAGUUGAUCUUCACGCCACAGACGAGUGGUGGGCCGACCACGACUGCAAGAGAAACAGCGCCGGCGACUCCGCCCGCGAACUCUUCCAAUUCAUCGCCGAGGAGCGUAAGAACGGCGCCAACAUCACCUUCAUCUGGCUGGACAUCAAGAACCCCGACGCAUGCCUGCAUUACGAACCAUGCUCCAUCCAGGCCCUGCGUGAUCUAGUCCGCGAAACGCUAGAGCCGGUCGGCAUCCGAGCCUUGUAUGGCUUCUACCAAACGGAAGAAAGUCAGGGCUAUAAGGAGAUCCUGCACUCGCUGAAUGGGAACGAAGCGAUUUCUCUCAGUGGCUCUGCCAGGAAUGUCUUUGAGCUGUAUUUUACGACUUCGCGGUCUCUGCCGGUGCGGCAGAGGGUCAUGGACUAUGGACAUGUCAAUAUUCAGAAGGAUUUCGGGGAUUGCCAUGAGCGUGGGGGAAUGACUUGUUCGGAGUUGCGCAAUGGCCGCUCAGCUCGUGAGAGGGGUCAGCUGGGGAAAGUCUUCGCGUGGACGAGCACAGAGGGGGAUACAAGAUAUGUGAGCGAUCUGCUGGAGGUCGCUCAGAUUGACGGAAUCAUCUAUGGGAAUCAGAAACAUGACUACAAGGAUGAAGCCCGCACAAGGAAUGCCUUCUGGGAUAUCCUUGACUUCGUCAAGGCUAAUCCGGAUACUGUUCGCAUGGCGACGGCGGAUGAUGCGCCUUGGUAG